AUUUUUGAGGCAGGAUCUCUCAUUGAGACCUGGGACUUGAUAUCUGGGCUAGACUGUCCAGUGAGUCCUGGGGAUCCUCUUGUUUUUUCUACCUCUCAAGUGUUGGGAGUAUAAAUAAAUAGGCUUCAGUGCUUGACUUUAUAUACGCACUGGAGAUGGAGCUCAGUAGCUCAUGGUUACACUACGCCAGCUGAGAUCUCUCCGCAGCUCAUUUGGAGAGCUGUUUAGAAUCAAGUCGGUCCUAAUUUUAGCCAUAUAAUGACCACAUUUGAGUAACAGAGAACUGACUUUUUUAGCUCUUAACUAUAAAACUAAGAGAUACAAGGAUGAGGUAAAACUAGUGGCGUUGCAUUUGCACCAGUGUCUGGACUGAUGGACUUGGUUACAGUCCUCAAUCAGCUCUUAAGUUCCUCAUCCUACAUUGUGGUUCUAAUUUUACACUUCGUGUUCUUCAAUCUUGCAAAUAGUUGUUCACAGAUUUAAGUGCUGCCAGAAGUCAACAACAAGAAUUGUGAUUGUGGAGCCAGGGAUAUUUGUUUCUGGGAGAUAGAUCUUGUAAAUGUCAAGUAAGGAGAUAUGAGUAACAUCUUCUCAAGUUAAAUAUCAGACUGAAGCUCCAUUUAUUGUUUGAAAAUUGGCAGGUGUCAUAAUUAUGUCAAGUAAAGAUGGAGUAGAAAAUAUACCAAAAUAUUUUCCUGAAAAACUUAAAAUCUGUUUCAAAUUAUUGAAUCAGAUUGACAAUCAAGGCUACAUAAUUUCACUGUUCACAGGAUCAUGUUUAGCAAACGUCAAAAUGCAUGGAGCUGUCUUCCUUAAGUUGAGUUCACUGUAAGUUCAGUUUCAUACUACUGCUAAGAUGGGAAAUAUUGUUUUGAUAAGUUGGUUUUCACCUGAAAGAAGCACGUUUAACUCCUUUAAAUGAGUAGUUGAAUCCAAGAAAAAUAUUAUAUUUAUAAGCCAGUUUUCACUGGCAAAUUGUGGCAUAAAUUCUGUUUUUGAUAUCACAGACAAGUUAACAACAUUGUAAAUCAUAAAAUCUUUUUAACCUUUGGCCUGAACUUAGCCAUCUUAUGUCAGAAAAAUUGUUGUCCUGAUAGUCAGCGUCAUGCUUUUUAGGAAUUGUUGACAUUGGUGAUGCUUUAAUCCCUUGGUCACUGUGACACUCUUGCUUGAUGAUGACUUGUAUGAUGUCACCCGUCGUAAUGCUUUUUCAUGUAAAUUUAUGAUAUAAUAUGCAAUAGUUAUUAAAUAUGAAUUUUGGGAAACAAUCACAUCAAUAGUAGAUGCUUUUUUUCUUUCUUUUUUCAUUUUCUCUCUCUACAUCAAUAGUAGAUCGUUUUUUCUUUAUUUUCUCUCUCUCUCUCUCUCUCUCUCUCUCUCUCCAACUUGAAGUAAGCUAUGGUCAUCUGGAAGGAAGGACUCUCAGUUGAAGAAUUGCCUCCAUCACGUUAGCCUAUAGGGAAGUCUGUGAGGGAUCUUCAUGAUUAAUGACGAGUGUGGGAAGAUCCAGCUGUGGUGCAGCUACUGAGCGGGUGGGCCUGACUUGUCUGAGAAAGCAAACUGAGCAAGGCAGUCAGCAGCUUUCCUCCACACCCUCUGCUUCAGUCCUGCCUCCGUGCAGUUCUUGCCCUGACUUCCCUUCCUGAUAGACUGUAAGGGGAAAACCCCUUUCCUCCCCACGUUACUUUUGGUCAUGGUGCUUUCUACAGCAUUAGACAACUGUACUAGAUAUGUUGACAGUGGACAAAAACAUCACAUUAACAUAUUUUAUCCUGAUUCACAUCAAUUUCUUGACUUAGUUGUGCCUUUAUUAUUAUUAUUGCUUUGGAAAAGUGAGAACAUUUCUUUCAUGGAGUAUGCUGCACAGCAACAGGACCCUUGAGAGGGACGUGCUCCACAGCCCUCCUCUCCUUUUCCAACCUUUUUCUCUAACGUUUUUUACCCAAGUCCCGUGGGUGACUUGUCUUCACUUGCAUUUAUGUUCUCCUCCAGUAUUUUUUGGCAGAGGGUGACUGUACUAGAUAAUAUAAUGACUUUAGGAUAGCCCCAGUGUUCCAUUGCAGUACAAGACUCCUGUUUCUUUUGCUCUCAUUCACCAGUAGUCAGUUUCAGAGACAGCCUGAAUAAGAAAAGUGUAGUUUUACAGUUCUGUAGUGAUACGGGUGUCCGUGUUUAAGUAAUGAAUUGAAGGAGUUGACACCAGAAAAGAGUGAGUCCCGAAAGAAUGAGGAGGAGGGUGUAUGGAUGACAGACAAGAGAAAUAGAGGAAAACCUUGUUGAUCAGGUAUAGAAAGGACAAGCAUAAAAGCCUUUUCAUCGAGGAUAUGAACUAAAACACACUGUACAAUUAAAGUACAAAGUGUAAAAUAUAAAAAAGCAGUAAGAUGAAACUGAAUAUUUCUUUGUAAUUGGGAUGAUGUGGUUUGCCCCUUCCCUUGCAUUGCCUUUUGUAUUUUUCUCUACAGCUUUGGCUGGAGCCUGCUUUUCUCAGUAAAUUCAAACAAGUUAAUGUAUCUUUCUCAGGCUGAAGGAUUUUGUGGGUUGGAGGUUAACUUUUAGACAAAAUUUCCCAGUCUGAGAAUUUCCCCCUCAUCUUCCAAUUACAACCUUGUCUCUGGUGUUUUGGGAUUACAUGUAGGGUUUUCUAGGCCUUGAGGGAGCAUGGAAGGCUUGCCUGCCUGUGUUUACAUUGUGCCUCUCAGAAGACUACCACAAUGUCUGCAGUACAGUUUCUAGAAUCCCCUUUGCCUUUCCCAGCAUUUGUCUCCUGGGUGCCUAUUGAGAGCCUCAGCUUCAGAAUUCUGUCUAGUCUUCUGCUUCUCUUUUCUACAGUCUGCUAGGCUCUGUCUGACUGACUCUACAAGGAACCCUUGUUAAAUCUCUGCCAUUCAGGUAGUCUAUCUUAGGUAUCCUAGCACUCAGUUGGCCCUUCCUAUAGCUUUUGCUUUAAAGUCAGCUGGAUCUGUUGCUGCUCCUGACACUGCCAUGGUAUCAGGAGCAUAUGGGAAAGGCUGCUCACCAUAUGGUGGGUGGGUGGGAAGCGCAGAGUGAGAAAGAGAGCACGCCUGUGCCACGGGCUUUCUCUUCCCUUUGUCAUCUGGGCCUCUGUCUGCUGCUUGGUACUGUCCACACUGAGGGCAGUCUUUUACUCUUAGUGAAGUGUUUCUGGAAUGUUUGCACAGAUGCCUCCUGUGAGCUGUUUCACCAGUCUCACAAUGUUGUCUAAUUCAGCUAAGUCGACCCGAUGAACCAUUCCAUACCAUAAAACUAACAUAAAAUCCCACUUAAAGAGAAGAUUCAGCUUGCAUUAUUGAUGCAAUUUUGUAAUGAAAAAUCCUAGGUUGUUGAGUAAAUUUUAUUUACCAAGUUUUAGUCUUUUGAGCAAGUAAGUUUAUUUCUCAAGACAGCUCUUAGCUAUUUGUAGAAAGUCCAGUUUUACCAAUCAUCACUACCCUGUGUGAGAUCCUUCUUAGUGUUUUAAAUAUUCGAUGCUGUUAGAUAUCAUACCGACUGCUGUAUAUUGAUCCAGUUUCCUCCUCAUCUCCUGAAAACUGUGGUAAGAGCUUACAGAGCAUACACUCUAUGGAGCGAAUAGUUUGACUUUAAUAAGGUAUAGUGAAUAAUACUAACCCCAAGGGUGAUUUACAUGGGUGUCACAUGAAGUGGGGGAGUUUGUUGUUAAAAACUGUGCAGUUACUCAUAUCACAUCCACUAAGAGCCAUCUGCUUCUGAGUCAGGUCCUGACCAGUGUUUUGAUAAUAUAAAAUCCUACUUAAGAAAGUAAGAGAGCUGACCUUUAGUUUUAGAUGACUGAAGAGCUCUUAAAAUUGAAAGUGAAGCAUUUGAUUUUAUUAUAGUUACUUACUUACAUAGUAUUUAUUUAAAUUUACUUUCAUUAUACUAUACUUACAUGAAGAAUUUAUGUUAGCAUGACUAUUUAAAAAUAUACAGUAUUAGUAAUAUUAGUUUAUGAGACAUUGACUAUAUUACCCCCUCUACUUCCUUUUAUCUAAUCCUUUAGGCAUAAAAUAAUUUAUAAGCCCUUAAAAAUUCAUUUAUAAAAAUCCCAUGUUUUAUUUAAAAACAUUCCUUCAACUUAUUUUUAAAAAUAAACUAAAACAAGUAAAUAGAAAGUAUUUUUAGUUAAUUUUACCAUAUUUACUAUGAUACUUUAAAGUAAAAAUAUGUUAUAAAAUUUGUGACUAAAACAUUGCUGUAAAUCUCUGUAGAGUUUUAGUAGAAGGACAGUUUAUCAUGGACUGAGGAUGUAGCUCACGCAUACUGUGAUUGCCUACCAUGUACAUGGCCCUGCAAAUCCCUAGCACCACGGCAAAACAAACCACAAAAACCCAACAAGCCAACUUACCUCUUUUCUUCCCCCUUUGUAUAAAAUUGACGGAAAUGCUCAAUUCUUUAUGGUGUAGCACUUAAUUUUCCUGUGUAGUAACCCUAAAUUUUAUGUCCUUUAUAUAUAACUACAAAUGUAUAGGUAGAAAUUGCUGCUUUAGUACAGUGCACUCAGUUGUGCAAACUUAUUUUUUUAGGAUCAAAGAAGAACACAAAGCACAACCGACACAGUGGUUUCCCUUUAGUGGGAUCACUGAACUGGUAAAUAACGUUCUGCAGCCCCAGCAAAAACAACCCAAUGAGAAGGAGCCCCAGACAAAGCUGCACCAACAAUUUGAAAUGUAUAAGGAGCAAGUCAAGAAGAUGGGAGAGGAAUCGCAGCAGCAGCAAGAGCAGAAGGGUGAUGCCCCGACCUGUGGCAUCUGCCACAAGACAAAAUUUGCAGAUGGAUGCGGCCAUAAUUGUUCCUAUUGCCAAACCAAGUUCUGUGCUCGAUGUGGAGGUCGAGUGUCUUUACGCUCAAACAAGGAGGACAAAGUGGUUAUGUGGGUGUGUAAUUUGUGCCGAAAACAACAAGAAAUCCUCACUAAAUCAGGAGCAUGGUUUUAUAAUAGUGGGUCUAACACACUGCAGCAACCUGAUCAAAAGGUUCCUCGAGGGCUUCGAAAUGAGGAAGCCCCUCAGGAGAAGAAAGCAAAACUACACGAGCAGCCCCAGUUCCAAGGAGCCCCAGGUGACUUAUCAGUACCUGCAGUUGAGAAAGGCCGAGCUCAUGGGCUCACAAGACAGGAUACUAUUAAAAAUGGAUCAGGAGUGAAGCACCAGAUUGCCAGUGACAUGCCUUCAGACAGAAAACGAAGUCCAUCAGUGUCCAGGGAUCAAAAUCGAAGAUACGAGCAAAGUGAAGAAAGAGAGGACUACUCACAGUAUGUUCCUUCAGAUGGUACAAUGCCAAGAUCUCCUUCGGAUUAUGCUGAUAGACGAUCUCAGCGUGAGCCUCAAUUUUAUGAAGAACCUGGUCAUUUAAAUUACAGGGAUUCUAACAGGAGAGGCCAUAGACAUUCCAAAGAGUAUAUUGUGGAUGAUGAAGAUGUGGAGAGCAGAGAUGAAUAUGAAAGACAAAGGAGAGAGGAGGAAUACCAGGCACGCUACAGAAGUGAUCCAAAUCUGGCCCGGUAUCCCGUAAAGCCACAACCCUACGAAGAACAAAUGCGCAUCCACGCUGAGGUGUCCAGGGCACGACAUGAGAGAAGGCACAGUGAUGUUUCUUUGGCAAACGCUGAACUAGAAGAUUCCAGGAUUUCUCUGCUAAGGAUGGAUAGACCAUCAAGGCAAAGAUCUGUAUCUGAACGUAGAGCUGCAAUGGAAAACCAACGAUCGUAUUCAAUGGAAAGAACUCGAGAGGCUCAGGGACAAAGUUCUUAUCCACAAAGGACCUCAAAUCAUAGUCCUCCCACCCCUCGGCGGAGCCCUAUACCGCUUGAUAGACCAGACAUGAGGCGCGCUGACUCCCUACGGAAACAGCACCACUUAGAUCCCAGCUCUGCUGUGAGGAAAACGAAGCGAGAAAAAAUGGAAACCAUGUUAAGGAAUGAUUCUUUGAGUUCAGACCAGUCCGAGUCAGUGAGGCCGCCCCCACCAAGGCCUCAUAAAUCCAAGAAAGGAGGUAAAAUGCGCCAGGUUUCACUGAGCAGCUCGGAGGAGGAGCUGGCAUCCACACCUGAGUAUACAAGCUGUGAUGAUGUGGAGCUGGAAAGCGAGAGUGUGAGUGAGAAAGGGGACAGUCAAAAGGGAAAAAGAAAAACUAGUGAGCAGGGAGUUUUGUCGGAUUCUAACACCAGGUCUGAGAGACAAAAGAAAAGGAUGUACUAUGGUGGCCACUCUUUGGAAGAGGAUUUGGAAUGGUCUGAGCCUCAGAUUAAGGACUCUGGGGUAGAUACCUGUAGUAGCACAACCCUUAACGAGGAGCAUAGCCAUAGUGAUAAGCACCCUGUGACCUGGCAGCCAUCCAAAGAUGGAGAUCGCCUAAUUGGUCGUAUUUUAUUAAAUAAGCGUUUAAAAGAUGGGAGUGUACCUCGAGACUCAGGAGCAAUGCUGGGCUUAAAGGUUGUAGGAGGAAAGAUGACUGAAUCAGGUCGACUUUGUGCAUUUAUUACCAAAGUAAAAAAAGGAAGUUUAGCUGAUACUGUAGGACAUCUUAGACCAGGUGAUGAAGUCUUGGAAUGGAAUGGGAGGCUAUUGCAAGGAGCCACAUUUGAGGAAGUUUACAACAUUAUUCUAGAAUCCAAACCUGAACCACAAGUUGAGCUUGUUGUUUCAAGGCCAAUUGGAGAUAUUCCUAGAAUACCUGAUAGCACGCAUGCACAACUGGAAUCCAGUUCUAGCUCAUUUGAAUCUCAAAAAAUGGACCGUCCUUCUAUAUCCGUUACCUCACCCAUGAGUCCUGGCAUGCUGAGGGAUGUCCCGCAGUUCUUAUCUGGACAGCUUUCAAGCCAAAGCCUUAGUAGAAGAACAACGCCUUUUGUUCCUAGGGUUCAGAUAAAACUAUGGUUUGACAAGGUUGGUCACCAGUUGAUAGUUACAAUUUUGGGAGCAAAGGAUCUCCCUUCCAGGGAAGAUGGGAGGCCAAGGAAUCCUUAUGUUAAGAUUUACUUCCUUCCAGAUAGAAGUGAUAAAAAUAAGAGAAGAACAAAAACAGUCAAGAAAACUUUGGAACCCAAAUGGAACCAGACUUUCAUUUAUUCUCCUGUCCACCGAAGAGAAUUCCGUGAACGAAUGCUGGAAAUUACCCUUUGGGAUCAAGCUAGAGUUCGAGAAGAAGAGAGCGAAUUCUUAGGAGAGAUUUUAAUUGAAUUGGAAACAGCUUUGCUAGAUGAUGAGCCGCACUGGUAUAAGCUGCAGACCCAUGAUGUCUCCUCAUUGCCACUCCCUCGCCCUUCCCCAUAUCUGCCCCGGAGGCAGCUCCAUGGAGAGAGCCCAACGCGCAGGCUGCAAAAUAAAGCCUUAUGUUCAUAUAAUUCAGGGUCGAAGAGAAUAAGUGACAGUGAAGUGUCUGACUACGACUGCGAGGAUGGCGUGGGAGUAGUGUCAGAUUAUCGACACAAUGGCCGCGAUCUUCAAAGCUCCACGUUGUCGGUGCCAGAACAAGUCAUGUCAUCAAAUCAUUGCUCACCAUCAGGGUCUCCUCAUCGAGUAGAUGUUAUAGGAAGGACAAGGUCAUGGUCGCCUAGUGCCCCUCCUCCUCAAAGUAGGAAUGUGGAACAGGGGCACCGAGGGACACGUGCUACUGGCCAUUACAACACAAUUAGCCGAAUGGAUAGACACCGUGUCAUGGAUGACCACUACUCUUCAGAUAGAGACAGUCACUUUCUUACUCUACCUCGCUCCCGACACAGUCAGACCAUUGACCAUCACCACAGGGAUGGAAGGGAUUGUGAAGCAGCAGAUAGACAGCCAUAUCACAGAUCCAGAUCAACAGAACAACGGCCUCUCCUAGAGCGGACCACCACCCGCUCCAGAUCCUCUGAACGUCCUGAUACAAACCUCAUGAGGUCGAUGCCUUCAUUAAUGACUGGAAGAUCUGCCCCUCCUUCACCUGCCUUAUCGAGGUCUCACCCUCGUACCGGGUCUGUCCAGACAAGCCCAUCAAGUACUCCGGGAACAGGACGAAGGGGCCGACAGCUUCCACAGCUUCCACCAAAGGGAACAUUGGAGAGAAAAGAUGUGGACUCCACAAGGAAAAGAAAUACAGGUGCUAUGGAUAUAGAGGAGAGAAAUCGCCAAAUGAAACUUAACAAAUACAAACAGGUAGCCGGAUCAGACCCCAGACUGGAGCAAGAUUACCAUUCGAAGUAUCGCUCAGGAUGGGAUCCACAUAGAGGGGCAGAUACUGUUUCCACUAAAUCCUCGGACAGUGAUGUAAGUGAUGUAUCUGCGGUUUCAAGGACUAGUAGUGCUUCUCGUUUCAGCAGCACAAGCUACAUGUCCGUCCAAUCAGAGCGGCCGAGAGGAAACAGGAAAAUCAGUUUCAGCCCUCUUGUGCAGGACCAUGGAGCACAGACACCAGUUCAGCCCCCACUCAUUCCCUUGGGACCUGACCUCAAUGUCUUUACAUCCAAAAUGCAAAACAGACAGAUGGGCGUGUCGGGGAAGAACUUGACCAAAAGCACCAGCAUCAGUGGAGACAUGUGCUCACUGGAGAAGAAUGACGGCAGCCAGUCCGACACUGCAGUGGGCGCCCUGGGUACCAGUGGCAAGAAGCGGCGAUCUAGCAUUGGGGCCAAAAUGGUAGCUAUUGUUGGUCUCUCACGGAAAAGUCGCAGUGCCUCUCAACUCAGCCAAACCGAAGGAGGAGGUAAAAAGCUACGGAGCACUGUUCAGAGAAGCACGGAGACCGGGCUAGCAGUGGAGAUGAGGAACUGGAUGACCCGCCAGGCCAGCCGGGAAUCCACAGAUGGCAGCAUGAACAGCUAUAGCUCGGAAGGAAAUCUGAUCUUCCCUGGGGUCCGCCUGGCCUCUGACAGCCAGUUCAGUGAUUUCCUGGAUGGCCUGGGCCCUGCUCAGCUAGUGGGACGCCAGACCCUGGCUACUCCUGCAAUGGGUGACAUUCAGGUGGGAAUGAUGGAUAAAAAGGGACAGCUGGAGGUAGAAAUCAUCCGGGCGCGCGGCCUUGUGGUAAAACCAGGUUCCAAGACACUGCCAGCACCGUAUGUCAAGGUGUAUCUGUUAGACAACGGAGUCUGCAUAGCCAAAAAGAAAACCAAGGUGGCGAGAAAGACCCUGGAGCCCCUGUACCAGCAGCUCUUGUCCUUCGAGGAGAGCCCCCAGGGGAGGGUGUUACAGAUCAUUGUCUGGGGAGAUUAUGGUCGUAUGGAUCACAAAUCCUUUAUGGGAGUGGCCCAGAUACUCUUAGAUGAACUGGAACUAUCCAACAUGGUGAUUGGAUGGUUCAAACUCUUCCCUCCUUCCUCCCUAGUAGAUCCAACCUUGGCACCUCUGACAAGAAGAGCUUCCCAAUCGUCUCUGGAAAGUUCUACCGGACCUUCUUACUCUCGUUCAUAGCAACUAUAAAACUGUUGUCACAACAACCAGCGAUACAAAAACCAGAAGAAAACGCACAGGUGGAAGCCCCUGGUAACACUGCAUGCUUGAUGUUGUGUCUACAGAGCCCACGUCUAGGGAUACCAAGCAGUCCUGUGUUCUCAGAGGAAGUCGUACACAUUGUGCCCUAGCAAAGGCCCUCAGGUGAAAGAGCAGAGCUGUGAAGAACUAUCUAUCAGGUUUGGAGUUCAAUGACACUCGAGUUUUGGUCCAUUCUGAAGCCAUGGAUUAAUCUUAAAGAAUCAGUCAGCCCUUUUCAAUGGCUCCUUUAUAUUUUUAUCAAUUUUCUUCAUUUAUCUGACCCCAAAGCCCUGUUAUGCCACAGAAAUGGAGCUCUACAGCCAUUAAGACACAUUACAGGCCAAGGAGCAAAGACCUAGGAAGCAAGCAUCAGGUGAAAAGCAAGAGACCAAAGAAGUGGUCAGGAGCAGAGUCAGCCACCGUUCCUGGAGGGGCUCCAGCAGGGAGAGCGGCCGCCGGGGCUGCUCCGGGAGGGAGGCAGGCAUGUCAUUCACUAAUGCCGAGAUGUACUGGACUCUGAAAAUCAAAAUUCUGUGACUGCACUGUACUGAAUGAAAUUAAAGAAACUUUUUUUGCAUGGACACAGAUUAGCUGAAUAUUUAAAUUAUUUUCUCGGGGCUGCAACUUGCAAAAAAAAAAAAAAAAGAAUAAAAAUCAGCCAUUUUCAACAAUUUAUAUUAUUUUUAAAAAUAAAUUUCACUAGUGCAUGGUUUUACAAUGGGAGAGAAUGCAACAGGGUGGUACAAAGACACACCGUGCUUAUUCUUUAAUCAGAGUCUGUGUUUUGGCAGACAAUACAAAUGAAAAUACUUUCUAGCAGAUACUUAAAAUUCUCUUUAUGUGACAAUAAGUAUAAUAUAUUCAAUUUAUUUCCAUGUUAAAUAUACAGAUCUUAUGAUGUUCAA